CAAAAUCUGCUGUUCUUUAAACCCGGCGCAGCUCGUAUCUCUCUGGUAUUCUCUCUCUCUCUCUCUCUCUCUAUCUCGAUCAAAACCCUAGCGAAGUCUCAUGUAAGCCCAGCUCGCUUUACCAAGUUACAAACUUUUUUCCUCUCGUACAGUUAUUGCAACGCUUUUCACCAGAAAUUCCAUACCUUCUUGUGUCCAUAUACCCUAGUUCCACUAAAUAAUCGUCGCAUCAAUUUUCCAAUCAACCAAACAAAAUCGCUUAUGAAAACCCAAAAAUCUAUUUCCUAUUUUGUUCCAAGCCCUAAAAUUCGCAGAUCCAGCGAGUUUUGGCAAUAAAUUUUCAGGGAAAAUUCUGUUUUUUCUCAUCAUCCGAACAUGGCCAAACAAAAUCUCUACUACCCAGUUCAAAUUUUGUUCCGAACCCUAAAAUUCGCUAACCCAACAACAAUUUUCCUGGAAUGUCUCUGAACACUGAAAUUUUCCGUUAUUCAAACAUCAUCAGACAAAACCCAGAACACCCAACUUGAGUUUUCCUUCAAAACAUGGAGAGUUCUCGGCCUUGCAAAUAUUGCAGGGAGAGAACUAUAGUCCCUGAUGAAGUCACCGGAAAUUUGGUCUGCGAGUCGUGUGGGGGUGUUCAAGAAUACGAAAAUUACCAAGCUCAUGUCGGCGGCAUAACAGGCCCUGCCGGCACUUAUGUUCGCACUGGCACUGCAGGGUCCGGCAGUGUCUAUAAUUAUAAAGAGACUAAAAUCUACGAAGCCAAAAAAUUGAUCGAGGAUUUCAUGUUUAGAUUAGGAAUUUCGGGUCCAAAAUCAAAUGAGGUCAAAGUUCUUGUAGAGACCAUUACUGAGGGAGAGUAUGGGACGGGUAAUUGGUUUCCGAUACUUGUAGGUGCUUGUGCUUAUGUUGUAAUGAGGAAAGACAAUAAAACGUUACCUCUGGUAGAAAUCUCGGCAGUAAUUGGACGUGAGAUUUAUGAAUUAGGUCGAAUGGUUGAUCGGGUUGUAAGUUUUGUAGAUUUGAAAUUGCCUGAGUUUGAUAUUGUGAAUUCGUUUGAACGGGCAAUUAGGACUUGCCCGAGUUUUAGUGAUGUUUCGGAGGAUAAAACGGGAAGGAUGGUGAAGCAGGGGAUAUUUUUGAUGAAUUGUUUGGUUAAGUGGUUUUUGACGACUGGGAGAAGGCCAAUGCCAGUCGUGGUGGCAGUGUUGGUGUUUGUUGCGGAAUUGAAUCAAGUUGAGGUCAAUAUUGAGGUCGUGGCGAAGGAAUUGCAUGUGGCAGUUGUUACAUGUCGUUUAAGGUAUAAAGAGCUUUUGGAGAGGCUAGUGAGAGUUGCAAAAUUGUUGCCAUGGGGGAAGGAUAUUACUGUUAAAAAUGUAGUGAAGAAUGCACCAUUUGUGAUUCAGUAUAUGGAGUUGAAGUCAAUGUCUAAGCGUGGUGAGAAGAGGAAGGCUUUGGAGGAUGGGGGGUUUGAUUUGGAUGAGUUGGUUGGUGACUGUUUGAGCAAUGAAACUGGAUAUCGUAUUGAUAGCUAUGGCACAAAAAUUGAUUCUCAGUAUUUUGAGUUAGAACAUUCUCCACAAUUGAGUGUUGAUGAUAUGGAGAAGUUUAAGAUUUCACAUGAAUGCUUGUACCUGAUUUAUUCGAAGUUCUUGAAUGAGUUUUCCAAUGCUAAGUCAACAAUAGAUGGUAAGGAUAAUAGAAGGAAAAGGAGUAGAGGGUAUGACUUCCUUGAGUGUACAGAGUGGUGGAAAGGCAAAUCAGAAUUGAGCAAAAAGCUUUUUCUUAAGCAAAUUUUGGAGAAAGAUGUAGGUUUGAAUGCCACGCCACCUUCAUUUGAUCGUGGAUGCUUAGCAUAUCAAAGGAGAAGAGAAAAGAUCAAGGCUGCAAAGCUGCGCAUUGAGAAGGUUAUGUGUCCAUCUAAUGCUGGGUGUGAUGGGCUUGAACUUGACCAUUUGGAAUCCACAUGCGCUGGGAAGAAAAAGCAAAGAAAAAUGCAAGUUGAAAUUGAUUGGGAAGAUUUUAUUAUUGAAGCCCUGCUGCUUCAUCAAGUGAAGGAGGAGGAAAUACAGAAAGGACAUUAUAAUGCCUUACUGGACUUGUAUGUCUUUGACUCUGGGAGUUGUGAAUAAGUGACAAGCUUCAAGCAUGGAAGGAGUUAAGCACCAUUGGAGGUUUUGGCAGAUGUUUGUUUAAACUCUUAUACAGAAGAAUUUUGACACUUUGUAACUUGACAUAAGAUUAUGUAUUUUUGUUACAAAAUAUUGGAUGUGCAUAAUUAUGUAUAUACUUACUUCUAAAUGUCAGCUAUUCCUCAAAAAU